AUGGGAGGUACUCCUUUCAGGCAUCUAAGAGCGGCAUAUUCUACUUCUACACGGUCUACACACAUUGAAUUUACCGGAUUGGACCUUAUAACUGAUCCUGUUAUGGGUAGGAACCCUGUAGGAGAGGUUCUUUACAGUGCAGGAUCAAAGGCCAUGAUGGAAGGUCAACGUAAGAAAUCUCUUCUUGCAUCUAUAACGAAACCUGAAGUCGAAAACAGCAGACCAAGCAGUAUGGUUGUGAAGAAAGCGCACACCGUAGUCCCUGCGCAUAUCUUGGCAGAAGCCAUAUCGACAAUCCGUGGUCUUGACCUCAGAUGGUCAGGUCCAAUAACAACGAUGGAGAUGCAAUACGUUGAGCAGUAUGUCUUGGCAAAGUACCCCCAAUAUGCUGGCUUCAUCGGAGAGAAGGUAGAUCUCUCUACUCUUUGUAUCAAUGAAGAGAUCUCAGAGCCUUCACCAGACGACAAGAAUAAGUCACCUAGGACUAGUCUUAGAGACGUCUCCACACCAUCAUUCGGAAGCAAUCACCCUGACUUGGAUAGAACCCAGUUAGAGCCAUCGAGACUGCUUGAUAUUCUUACCGAGAAAUCGUCAUUUCCUGGGAGUUUUGUGUCAAUACCUGAAAUCCAAGCUCAGCACAAAGUUCUAAGGUACUGUGGAUUACUUGAUGAUGAGUAUCUUGUCCUGUUCACUCAAAACUACAAAGAUGCAAUGAUGUUAGUAGGAGAGAGCUAUCCUUUCUUCAGAGGGAACUUCUACAUGACUGCCAUCGGGGAAGCAAUGGAUUAUGUAAAGGAAUUCGCCAGUUACAAGGAAUCAAAAGUGAUCCCAACACCGGAGACUUGGUUGGAUUUGAGAAUCAAGGGAUCGCAGCUUAGCCAGUAUUUUAGAAGGAAGUGUAAGCACAGCCCUAAGGGGCUAUUCUCAUACCCAGCUGAUGUGAACGGAACUCGUUAUUCGAUGCAUUGGGUAUCGGAAGCCCAUCGGAACUCAUGGCAUGUUCUGCUGGAUGCAACUGCUCUGGUCGUCGGGAAGGAUAGGUUGAACCUUGCACUUCACAGGCCUGACUUUGUGCUGUGCAGUCCUGACAAUACCCCUGCUAAUCCUUCAACAAUCACAUGCCUUCUUGUUAGGAAGAAAUCUUUUGAUACUACAACAGCUUCAACUUAG